AUGACCUCAGACGGUCGGGCCAACUCCCCUGCUGUAAGGCAGGCCAAUCCUCGGCUCCACUCCCCCACUUUGCACCGAGAUCGGCACCGUGACAGGCGGAUGGCAUCCGGAUCCUGGGCACCCUCGGCUGCCCCCAUGGCUGCUGCACUCCGUGGGGUGCCCCGGUCGCCCCCGACUGUCCCCCUGCCUGAUGCUCUCCCUGGGGUGCUCUGGGCACCCUCGGCUGCCCUCCUGCCUGCUGCACUCCCUGCCCUCCUGCCUGCUGCAUUCCCUGGGGUUCCCCAGGCACCUUCAGCUGCCCUCCUGCCAGCUGCACUCCCUGGGGUGCUCCGGUCACCCCCGGCUGCUCCCCUGCCUGCUGCUUGCCCUGGGGUGCUCGGGUCACCCCCGGCUGCCCCCCUAGCUGCUGCUCCCCCCGGGGUGCUCCGGUCACCCCCGGCUGCCCCCCAGCCUGCUGCUCUCCCUGGGGUGCUCCAGGCAUCCUCGGUUGCCCUCCUACCUGCUGCACUCCCUGGGGUGCCCCGGGCACCCUCGGCUGCCCUCCUGCGUGCUGCACUCCCUGGGAUGCCCCGGGCACCCCCGGCUGCCCUCCUGCCUGCUGCACUCCCUGGGGUGCUCCGGGCACACCUGGCUCCCCACCUGCCCGCUGCACUCCCUGCGGUGCCCCGGGCACCCUCGGCUGCCCUCCUGCCUGCUGCACUCCCUGGGGUGCUCCGAGCACCCCCGGCUGCCCCCCUGCCUGCUGCACCCCCUGGUGUGCCCCGGGCACCCUCGGCUGCCCUCCUGCCUGCUGCACUCCCUGGGGUGCCCCGGGCACCCUCGGCUGCCCUCCUGCCUACUGCACUCCCUGGGGUGCCCCGGGCACCCUCGGCUGCCCUCCUGCCUGCUGCACUCCCUGGGGUGCUCCGAGCACCCCCGGCUGCCCCCCUGCCUGCUGCACCCCCUGGGGUGCCGCGGGCACCCUCGGCUGCCCUCCUGCCUGCUGCACUCCCUGGGGUGCCCCGGGUACCCUCGGCUGCCCUCCUGCCUGCUGCACUCCCUGGGGUGCCCCGGGCACCCUCGGCUGCCCUCCUGCCUGCUGCACUCCUUGGGGUGCCCCGGGCACCCCCAGCUGCCCCCCUGCCUGCUGCACUCCCCGGGGUGCCCCGGGCACCCCCGGCUGCCCCCCUGCCUGCUGCACUCCCCGGGGUGCCCCGGGCACCCCCGGUUGCCCCCCUGCCUGCUGCACUCCCUGGGGUGCCCCGGGCACCCCCGGCUGCCCUCCUGCCUGCUGCACCCCCUUGGGUGCCCCGGGCACCCUCGGCUGCCCUCCUGCCUGCUGCACUCCCUGGGGUGCCCCGGGCACCCUCGGCUGCCCUCCUGCCUGCUGCACUCCCUGGGGUGCCCCGGGCACCCCCAGCUGCCCCCCUGCCUACUGCACUCCCUGGGGUGCCCCAGGCACGCCCAGCUGCCCCCCUGCCUGCUGCAAUCCCUGGGGUGCCCCGGGCACCCCCUGCUGCCCUCCUGCCUGCUGCACUCCCUGGGGUGCCCUGGGCAACUCUGUUUUACAAGUAA